ACGGGGAGGAAUUAGGCCGGCGCCCCGCCCGCCCUGGGCUCCUGUGGGACUGACAGCUUUCCGAUGGAAGCUGUGAAGUACUGGUUUCGGUUUGACGUCCAGAGCCAUAAACAACCGGGGCUCGGGGUGCUUGAAGGGUUUGCCUGCUCGCCUGAACUCUACAGUCUUAUUGUGGAAACGGCUGAGAUCUGAUAUGGGAUCUUGUGGAGACAACCCGCCUCUUUCGAGGAAUAAGAAAGCCAUAGACUAUUCCCAGUUUGGUGAUGCAGAUGAUGAUGAUGAAGAUUUUGCAAACAUUAGUGCACCUUCAAACAAAAAAUCUAAGAGAAUACGCUGUGAGUCAGCAAAGAAGAAAACAGAACAGCAAAAGCAGGCCCAUAAAGAGGGGAGCCAGUUACAGAAGACAUCACAAAUUAAAAGGGUAGCCUUGGAUGAUAAACUCUACCAGAGAGACUUAGAAGUUGCCUUAGCGUUGUCGGUGAAUCAAUCAUCCGUAAGCAACAAUAAAAUACAAGACUUAGAGGAACAAGCUCUGGACGAUAGUACAAAAGACUGUAAUAUAACUGAAGAGACCUUUGGAAAACAAGUAGAAAUAUCCAAACAGAAAUUACAAACAAAAGAUAAAGUUAAUGGAACCAAUAAUUAUGAGCUGGAGCUUGAUUCAGCUGAAGAGUCAGAGAAUAAUUCUAGCCUCAGUGAAGAUGAUAAUGAUGAAUUUGUAGUGAAGAAAAAAAUUAAAGAAAACAAGAAAGGAGGAACGAAGUUAAAUAUCAGAAGUGAAAAGAAAAUAAAGAAGUCUUCCAAAUCAGCAAGGAAUUUAAUGGUUCAAGAAGAAUCUAAGACAACUUUGCAGAAUGCAUGUAGUUCUCCAGAGCUAAUUGGAAAACCAUUAAAAACAUCCAGCCCUUCAACAACUAAGAAACCCAGUUGGACACCCCCAGGUGCCUCUGGAAGUGGUUCCAACCAACUGAGAAGAGUCCCAGUGAAAUCACCCACUCAAGGUCUCAGACUUGGUCUUUCCAGGUUGGCAAAAGUGAAACCGCUGCAUCAAAGUUUUGUCAACAGCUGAAAAUGCCUGUGAUGGUUUUGGAGAUUUGCCGGUUAAAAUUAAAGGAACUGAGGUUGGCUGGAGGAAGCAUCAUCAUUUUUGUAAAGCAAGACAUUUAUUCUAGGCAAUAAACAAUCCAAAUUAGAAGAUUUUCAAUUUUUAAUGAAAAGCAUUUAGAGCUACUAGCACUUAAAAUAAUCUCCAGUAAUUAUGUUGAUGCUGUUAUCUCUUCCCUAGACACUGAAAAUUUCUGAUCAUCAGCAAAUUCCUUCCAAUUGUAUGGGCCUGAAGUAGCUUGACAUUUCACGUACUUCUGCCACAGUGGAAGCCCCUGAGUGUAUCAUUUGUGUAUGGUGUUUGUCACUUAUCUCAGAUCCUGUAAUGCUCAUCCAGAAACUAUGUUUUUAAACCUUACAAAGUUGUAAUGUACCUAGCACAGCUUGUGUGUGUGUGUGUGUCAAAUCUGGCUAUCUAGUUGCUAGCAAUCUUAAUACUUCCACUUUAGUAUCUUCUUUCUUUGAUAGAAACCACUGUUGUUUUCAGUUGUUUCUCUGAUUCAGCUUUAUCCCUCAGAUCUUUGUAAGAACCGUUACUUGAUGUUGGUACAUAGAUGUGAGUUUUAAUGGUAUAUGUAUAUUAUGUAUCAUAACUUUUAAG